AAACGACCACGUUUAGUUAUCUUAACGGCACUAUGUAGAGAAAAAAGCGUUGAAGAAGAAGCGAUCUAUCUCCGUGCAUAGUGACACUAGAAAGCAACCCUGACUGAGCCACCGCACCCAGGGAUUAGUGAACCACACCACACAGAAACAAACCUCUCCCACAAAACCCUAACCCUAACCCUAAUCCCAAUCUCUCGUCGACAUGGACGGCGACGACGAGACCUCGGGUCCGAUGAUCGACGAAAUCUACGCCAACGGCGGCGGCGACGACGGUGAGAAGCGCAGCCGGCGAGCGAUCAUGAGCGGUGACCAGCUCGACAUCGAAGCCUACGCUUCGCUCUACUCGGGGCGCACGAAGAUCAUGAGGCUUCUCUUCAUCGCCGACAAGAUGAACAACCCGGCGAUGCAGCUUGAGGCGCUUCGCAUGGCUUACGACGAGAUUAAGAAGGGCGAGAACACGCAACUCUUCAGGGAAGUCGUGCAGAAAAUCGAUGGAAGGUUGGGACCUAACUACGCCAUGGACACGACUUGGUGCGAUGCUGUCGAUCGAAGAGCUGAGCAGAAGAAGGAGAAGCUCGAGAACGAACUCAAUGCCUAUAGGACAAAUUUGAUUAAAGAAAGCAUUAGAAUGGGAUACAAUGAUUUUGGAGACUUUUACUAUGCUCAUGGUCAACUGGGGGAUGCUUUUAAAAGUUAUGCCCGCACCCGGGAUUAUUGCACUACAUCCAAACACAUUAUUCAUAUGUGUAUGAGUGUGAUUCUGGUCAGCAUUGAGAUGGGUCAAUUUCCUCAUGUUACAAGCAAUGUUAGCAAGGCAGAACAAGCACCAGAGGCCCUUGAGCCAACAACAAUUGCAAAGCUACGAUGUGCUGCAGGACUGGCAAAUCUAGAGGCCAAAAAGUACAAGCUUGCUGCCCGGAAGUUUCUAGAAACGGGACCAGAACUGGGAAGUCACUAUAAUGAAGUCAUUGCACCUCAAGAUGUUGCAACAUAUGGAGGACUGUGUGCACUUGCAACAUUUGAUCGGUCAGAGUUAAAGAGCAAAGUUAUAGACAAUUCCAACUUCCGCAAUUUCUUAGAGUUGGUGCCUGAAGUAAGGGAACUGAUAAAUGAUUUUUACUCAAGUCACUAUGCUUCAUGUCUGGAAUACCUUGGAAACCUCAAAGCAAACCUAUUGCUUGAUAUACAUUUGCAUGACCAUGUUGAGACACUCUAUGAUCAAAUUCGUCACAAAGCACUUAUCCAGUAUACACACCCAUUUGUUUCCGUUGAUUUGAACAUGAUGGCUAAUGCAUUCAAGACAACUGUUGCCGGACUUGAGAAAGAACUUGAAGCAUUGAUUACUGAUAAUCAAAUACAGGCUCGAAUUGAUUCGCACAACAAAAUUUUGUAUGCACGGCAUGCAGAUCAAAGGAAUGCCACCUUUCAAAGGGUUCUGGAAACCGGAAGGGAAUUUGACCGUGAUGUUCGUUCCAUGUUACUGAGAUCAAAUCUUAUCAAGCAUGACUACAAUCUUAGGGCAUUAAGGAAACUAUGAUUUUGGACUGUUGAUAAUGGGACCAAGGUUGCUAUUUUAUAUAUCAUGUGGCAUUGGUCAAAUAUAACGGAGCAAGUUUCUAGAGUGAAGUUAAAAAGAUUUCCUUACCUUAUGGUGGGUUGAGUCGAGGUUGCGAACAUACAUUUGUGCAAACAUUUAACUGCAUAUUAUGGUUGUUUUUGUAUAUACUCCCUUAUAAUUUUAAUUAAUUUGUCCCAAAGAUCUUCUUUCCUUUAUUCCAACCCCCUUAUUUAGUGUUUUUUCUAUUCAAUACAACGCAUCUUUUUGGG